AUGCCAACCCAAAUUCGCAAAGUCCUCAUCUCCGCCUUCGGUGAUGAAUCCAACGUCAAUGUGGUCACGGCCUCCAUCGCAGACCCAGCAGCGAAGGAAGUUCAAGUCCGCGUUAUGUACUCCGGCUUCUCAGGCGCAGAUGUCAACAUGCGCCGCGGCCUCUAUCCUAUGCAAAGAGCCGCGCCUCUCACGCCAGGCUACUGUUUCGUAGGAACAGUGGAGCGCAACGGGCCAAAGAGCACGAAAUUCAAAGUCGGUGACGUGGUAUGCUGUCUUUCUGUCUACGACGCCGAAGCCGAGCUCGCAAACAUGCCUGAGAAAUAUAUCAUUCCAGUGCCAUCAGGAAUCGAUCCCAAGGUCGCAACGGCGCUGACCCUGGACUGGAACACAGCCUACGGUAUGGUAAUGCGAGCCGCUCGUGUAACUUCCGGGCAAAAAGUCUUCAUCCAUGGUAUCAGUGGAGCCGUAGGGUGGGCAACCGCCGUUCUCUCUUCCCUCCAAGGUGCAGAGGUCUACGGCACUGCCUCAGCACGCAACCACACCGCUGUUAAGGCAGGCCUCCCAUCGGCAACGCCCUUCGACUACGCAAACAAAGACUGGAUCCAAACCAUGAAAUCCAUCGGCGGCGUAGAUGCUGUCUUUGACGCCCUGGGCUUCGAGUCUUGGGAUGAAUCGUAUUCUAUCCUGACUUGCAGUGGUGGUAAACUUAUCGGUUACGGUGGAAAUUUAUCGAGUUUGACUGGCGUUGCCCCAAGAUCCGCCAUCCCAUCCAUUACCAAACUGUUCGCAAGGAAUUAUUUGAAGUUUUGGGAUGGGAAGAAUGCGACAUUUUAUUAUAUUACGAGAGAUGAUUCGACAUUUGAGCCCGAUUUGAGAGCUCUUUUUGAGUUGUGUGCUAGUGGAAAGAUUCAGGUGCCGAUUAAGCGGGUGUUUGAGAUGGAGCGUAUUCAAGAGGCGCAUAAGAGUUGGAGUCAAGGCCAGGGUGUGGGCUCUUCGUUGGUUAAGGUUGCUACAGAUGCCUCUUAA